ACACAAAAAAAUACCAGGUUAGCCUGACACAUUAUUAACCAAGCAAUUGCCGAUAGAUCUGUUUUUAUGUAGGUCUAAAAAAGAAACGUCUUCUGCCAUUUUAAAACAAUGUUUCACGUUUCAUGAAGGGGAAAAUACUUAUUAAAAAGACGGCUGGUAAAGCAUUAAAGGAUGAAUCAAGUUAUCUCCUUUUCCAUACUGCUGUUUUGUGUUAUUAGUUUAACAGAUGCUGUUAACGGCAAACAUGUAUUCAAUUUGACAAUUGAAGGAUAUGAAAAAGAUUGUGUAAACUAUAGUUGCCGCUACACUGGCAAAGUGCUGGCAAGUUUUUCUUCUACACCUGAAAUUACAAAAUUUGGAUUUCAAGAUUGCAUGGAAGUAACGAUAUAUUCAUGUCCUCAAGGCAAGGAUUGUGGCGAUAACUCUUGGGAACCGUAUUGCUUCGUGUUCGACUAUCCUUGUGAAGGUUACAAAUGCAAUAAAGUAAAGCAUCCAUGCUAUUGUACUUAUGGAAAUCCUACAAAAAUUAAGUUCUUCCCUGUGCAUGAAAACAGAUUGUACCAGAUGAAGUUAAAGUUUUUGUUUGAUACUUACAGGGACAUACCCAUGCUUAUCGCUUCAGGCAACAUCUUCGAUUUCUCCAAGAAACCAGAUAAUUGGGACCCAAUUGAAAAAUAUCCAGAUGAACCAUUUUAUUACUUUUCGAAAAAUGGAAACCAUCAGCUCAAAGCAGAGUUAAUCGUCAUUGGCAUCGGAGCUCUGUUUGCCUUCUACCUGGCCAAGCAGAUGGAAUGUGAAAAACAAGCCUCAAAGAUCUAAGAUUGUAGGAAACAAUGGAUUUAAGCUCCACUUUGAAUAUGUUUAGAAUGUACUUAGAAAAUAAACAUCUAAAUGCUAAACGUUUGAAAACUGGUAGAUAGUAACUAGAAAAUUAUCAAAGAAUGAUAACAAUAUACAUUGAAACAGUACCAUAAAACAUUACAUUUUAAAUAUGAAAUUAAACUGUAUAUCAAUUUAUGCAGUAUAAAAAUAGUAAUUGUAUACAAAACUGUAGGAAACCAUUCAAAACUUUAAAUAAAC